CGAAGUUAAGUUUGUUAUGUCACUGACGACGUCGUUGAAAUAGAAAUUUGAAGAAAUUGCUGUUGGAUGUACUGUUAGUUGCUCCCUCUAGAAGCUGCUCUACAUACUAUUUGGUCGUCGUGUAGCCGGAUGUCAGGAGCAGGCCCACCAGGCUUGCAGGGCUGCAAGUAGAAGUGCCGUCCGUCGAUCACCUAGCUACAAGUCGCAAUGUAAACAUAGAGGGCAUGUUGAUGAUCAAGUGGAAGUGGCGACAGCACAGGGCAUCGCGAAGGCGAACGCAUACUUACUAGAAGCAUGGCGUCCUUACUUGAUAUCAGCACGAUCACAUUACCACGUUACCAAUUAUCGAGUUUUUUGCUUCAUGGCAGUAGAGCUGACGUAGAAUUGUGAAAGUAGUAUGUAAGCAGACGCGGCCACCGUAGUUGGUUAUCGCCCGAGAAGUGGAAAACUACAGCCCGUCGACAGUACUACAACUACCACUUCCUGUGCAAAAUGAGUACCACAUCGAAGAAGGCGGUGACGAUGUUGAAAGACCUCUUGAAGUCCUCCUGGCUUCCGAACUUUCACAAGCAGGAGUACGACGAGUGCAUCGUGGAGAUCUCCCGCAUGUACGAAAAUUAUCUGGAUUGCACCAACCACCUGGAGCACCUGGAGUCCGAGUACGAGAGUAUGACAAUUGCAACAGCAUGAUCAUGAUACUCGUAUAAUAAUUAAAGAAUGCAAGUCUUGCAUGAUACAAGUACAACAUUUUCACCUGAUGAAUCAGCAUGACAAAUCCGCCCAUUUUUCCUUCUGAACAAAUUUGUGAUGCGAUUUAUACGUAGUAAGAUAGUUUGUCGCAAACAUGCAUAGAGAGGAAAAAGGAGCAGUUCGAUGCCGACCCAGCGAGCGGGACGAUGAGCCAGGAGGAAAAGGACACCCGAACCGCGGACCUGAAAAAGAAGCAGCAGGACGCCGAGACACGGUUCACGAUGGGCCAGGUGAUUUAUGACACUGCACAACUCCCACUCCCCCUCAUUUGUCAUGCAAAACCUCAAAUCCAGUCGCUGCCUUGUGGCACUGUUUGCAUGACAAAUUCCGGAAGCCCAAACAGUACUACAUUACGCGCAUGAAGUUGUCAUGCACAAGCUCCACAUGUGCGGGUGUUUGUAUUGCUGCUCAUGCAAGACAAAUGAGGGGGAGGGGGAGUUGUGCACUGUCAUAUGAUUUGGCAGGAGGACAUCUUGCGGACGAAGCGCUGCUAUGCAUUGCAAAAAUGUUUGGGUCUGGAAGAAUACAAACUUGUGAUGCGCAUUUCAGAACACAGAAAAAUCUCUCAUGCAUAGGUAGCAAAAGCUGCCCACUUUCUGUCACCAAAAUGCGGGAUUUGUCAUGCGGAAGCGGCAUGGCGGAAGCUUCUCGAAACCUGUGAUGCUAGAGCUUCCAUGCCAGACCUUCUGUGUCAUGCAAAAACGGCAUGACUCUGCCAGAGCCAGACCCAGACACUUUUGCACUUGAUAGCUGCCUUCUGCAGUACCUGAACAAGCGGCUGCAGGUGAUCCGAAGUACCAAGUGGGUGGAGGGCCGAGUCUUAUCGGACGAAAAGCUUGCGAAGCUUUCCGCAGAAGAAAUCGAGUACUUGAACAAGUACAACGACAUUGUGGACGACUACAUACAAGAUUGGCUUCCGAACGCGCACGCACUAAACCUUCACAACGACUGCGAGCUGCAGCAGGUGGCCUUCAAGUGCAUCACCAUAGCGGAAAAUCUAUCCCAGUGCACAAGCAGAGCGAAUCAACAACAUCCCCACUCCGAUCUCGUCCGCGUCAUUUUCUUGUCGUGCUACAACUAGACAGGAACCAGGGUCAUUCCAGCUCGUGGUCGUGGUGGUCAUAUUUUUUAUCGUUCUCGGCAUUAAUUACUUAGCAUUGUGAUUUUGUUUGCAUGACAUGCCCUUGGCAAUGAGAGGGAGCAGGGGGCAAGUCCAAGUUCAGCUUGUGCAAUUGAAUACAAUCAAGAUGCCGACCACGAGGUGGUGUUAAGCGACGGAAGAGCAAUAAAACUAAUCCCGGGGACGACUUACAAGGUAUGUCGAGUUGUAUUUGAAAGUUCAAUUUUCUACGUAGCACUAGCACCCCCGGUAUACAAUUCGCACUCGCAGGUUGUCCUCGAGGUCCAGAUUAGGCGGGUCUUGUUUACUCGAUCACAGUCGUGCGCAGUCAAAAUCAC